AAUCAUGCAUGCCUAGUUUUUUGGCCACCAGCUUGUUUGGUGGGGAGAGAAGGCUGCCUCUCUCGUCCUCCAUAUCAGCUAUGGGUUCUUCUGGAAGAUGGAUGCUCUGGACCUUGUGUUUCACCGCUCUGCAGACUGCUGCACUCAGAGUGACCAUGAGGGAAUCCAGUCUGGAGGUGGUUCAGGGGGAUUUUGUCAUCCUGCCUUGCUCCUUCUUCAUCUCCACCUCCACCCGCCUCUCCAGACUCAACGUUAUCUGGACUCUGGCUCCCUUCUCCAGUCCAGAAACCCCAAUACAGGUGAUAGUGUACGACCACGGACAGGUGAUUGAGGACCCCUCCCUCACUGGCAGGGUGGGUUUUACAGGUAUUCCCCUGAGUGCAGAUAUCGUCCUGAAUGACACACGAGUGUCAGAUGCAGGUAUUUACCGCUGCAUGGUCAACAACCCACCAGAGACUGCAGAUCCUGGUAUAGGAGAGCUGGCGCUGAGUGUUCUGGGUAAGUCUGUCACGUCGUCCAAUUCUUCUACAGCAGGGAUGUUAAACAUGUGGCCUGUGGGCCAAAACCGGGCCUCCAGAGGGUCCAAUCCGGCCCUCAAAGUGUAAAAAUUUCAGAGAAGACAUCAACUGCAAAUUGUAAAUUUGUAAAACUGUAAAUUUAAAAUAAUUUCUAGACCAUGACAAGUCGUUUUGAUCAUAAAGAAAAAUACUAGAUUGCUCAUUGUUCUUUUGUCAUUUUGUGUCUCAGUUUUGUAAUAUUUUGUCUUGUUUUGUCAUUCGUCUCGUGCUUUGGUCAUUUUCUUUCUCAUUUUCAUCGUUUUCGGACAUUUUUGUGGUAUCCAGUCAUUUUUUUAUUAAAAAUGAUUGUUUCCAUAAUAAAUAAUUAUGGCAUUUGUAAAGACAUGAUCAUAAUGAUCAUUAAAAAAAAGAUUUUUUAAAUUUUUUAAUAAAAAAUGCAAGAUAUAUCCCAUGGACUUCAAAAGUCCCUCAAUUAUAUAUUAACUAAAAUGAUAAACUGAGGCAUAAUUUUGCUGAAAUUGAACUGAUUUUUCUUAAGAAAUUUGAGUUUGUUCAUGAUGUUUUGUAAAAAGAUAAUUCCUUAAAUGUGAACAUUUUCAGAAUGUACUUUUUUGCACUUAAACAAAGGGAACAUUUGGAGUUGUGGUUAUCUAUAAGUUAUUAUGCUGUGAUUUUACUUGUCAAAUUGGGCUGAAUGUGGCCCCUGCACUAAAAUGAGUUUGACACCCCUGUUCUACUGUACCUGAACAUUUGAAGCAGCCAUUAUAAUCAAUAACUGUACUGUCAUUUAGGCUGCAUUUAUGUCUUUUUGUCUAGUCUGAUGUUCAUAGUGUUUGUUUUCCCAACAUAUCUGCCAUUACCGGGGUGCAGUUUUUGUAGAGCACAUAGAGAUGAUAAACACGUUAAGAAAUUUAAGCCACACACAGUGGCUUUAAUCAUAGAGAUCCAGUGUAUCCUCAUGGCUUUGGUGACAUUUCCUUUAAAGCCUUCAUAAGGUUGACAUUUUUGCUUGUGAGUGAGCUGUUGAAUAGAUUUCCAUAGUUCGCCUCAUAAUGAAUUCUGUGAUAAAUUAACUCCGUCUCUAGUGUGUAUCAUUAGAUAAUAUCAGUACCUUGGAUGAUACAGAAGUGCAUUGCUCUGCACACUGUAAAUAUGUAAAAGCACUUUUCUUAUUACUUGGAUUUGCUACACUUGCUUUAUUUGACGUGUAACACUUGCCUCUUAUUCAUCAUGUAACUCUUACUGUUCAUUGCCUCACACGCUUUCCUUUUUAAUCUUUCAUCUUUCUUUAAAAAUGUUUUAUUCAUCAGUAAACACCAGGUCACAUUCCUUGUAUGUGAAAGAACACUUGGCAAUAAAACUCAUUCGGAUUCAGUGAAGGAAAUAUUUUAAGACCUUAUCUCAUAAUUCUACUGUGAGACAAGAUCUCAUAAUUCCAGCAGAAAAAAUGGAUUUGGGAGGGUUGUGGUAAUUUGUUUUACUGUUAGUGGUUCCCACUUGUAAAAGAUUUGUCUAUAUUCGAGAAGGGUCCGUGUACGGAUCUGGUAAUUGGAUUUUCCGUUCUGAAGGGUAUUGAAAAACAAAAAACGAGUGGUUAUUUGAUUUUCGUUUUAAAAUACAAGAAUUAAAAUUGAAAUACAAGGCGUUUUUCCUUUUCAUGAUCAAAAAGGGAUAUACGAAAUUUUAAAAAUGCUUUGAUUUUCAUUUUAUAUUUAGAAUAACAAGAAAGUAAAAUCAGUAAGAGACAGAAACGAAAAAAGGUCCGUUUUUUCAUUUUCUGAGACCGGAAGUGGUCAUCAGCAAGUGUGGAGCCAAACGACAACAAGAUUCUCAGAGGGCGGAGCCAGAGAGCAGCGAUUGGUCAGACCAUAGAUAAUAUAGAAGACAGCGCGCUAGCGGAUCUAGUCUAUGUAUAUCUAUGGUCGGCACGUCUUGUAGCGUCUCUGGCUGCUGGUGACCUUGUUUUUGGAGUAAAACACGGUAAGAAGAUAAAUACUUGUAACCUGUAGCAUUAUUUUGUUGUACGUUAAGUCAGCGACUUGUGAAGAGUUGUGUUUUUCCUGUUUGAGCAGUUGGUCCGGACGCGUUAGCUAGCUAAGCGGCUAAGUUAGCUAGCGGGCUAAUUAACACAGGUGGCUAACUUACCGCUGAACACCUGUGUUAGUUGCUGCUGCAACUGUCCUCAUUAUUAGAAUGAC